AUGCUACGAAUUGGCGCCAAUGUGGGGCGUAGGCAAGCGGGGACUUUGCGGCCCCGUUUCUGGAAUAAGUCAUGGGCCCAUUUUGGUCGGUCAUUACAUGGCGGAACAGAAGCGCAGAAAAAGGCACUGAAGACACAAGAAAGCACCACCACUAAUAUGGGGGAUACCAAGAUCAACCAAAACACGAGUGACAGGCGAAUGAAAAUUGAAAAGACGGCAGGUCAGCAGUCUGAGAAGCGAAAAGAUGUACAGCACGAAAAGGACCAGAACGAACACAACCAAGCUUCGAGGGAAUGGAGCACAAAACAGAAUAUUCAAGCGCAGGAUCAGAAUAAAGAUGAGACGCAAAAGCAAGACUCACAGCAAAGUCAAGACAAAGCAUCCGUUGGCGAAGGGGCAUUGCAAGUGCGGCCGUGUCUGUCGUUGCGCAACAGGAUUGUGCCUGAGUACGUUGGGUCGCCGCAUCUGAAGCUCCACAGCAUUAUCUGGCGUACUCCGCUCCAGAAUAUUUACGUGGUGAAGAAGCCAUGGAAUGAAGCUGCUAUGGCUGCAAUGGUGACUUUCAUCAACCACAUUCAUGCAGAAUACCCUGCCCUCAAUGUCAUUGUGGCUCCCGACGUUGCAGAUGAGCUUGCCCAGGUUUACGGAGACGGGGCACGUCAUACUUUGUUCACAGGUUCUGUGCAAGACAUUGUAGCAAAGACCGACGUGAUUGUCACACUUGGCGGCGAUGGGACAACCUUGCGUGCUGUGUCUGCGUUCUCCAACGGACUUGUUCCACCUGUGCUCAGUUUUGCUAUGGGCACAUUGGGCUUUUUGCUUCCGUUCGACUUUGCACGAUUCGAAGAAGCAUUUCGGGCGGUCUUUGAGUCGCGCAGUAAAGCAUUGCACCGCACUAGGCUUGAAUGCCAUGUGGUGCGGAGCGAGGCAUUAGCGAAACCUCCCCAGAUUGCGGAGUACGAGAUUGCACACUAUAAGCAGCACCACAAUGGGUCGAUGGUUCAUGCUAUGAACGACAUUCUGUUGCACCGUGGUCUGCAGCCCAACCUUAUUCUGCUUGACAUUUACAUUGACAGCGAGUUUCUUACAACGACCACUGCGGAUGGAAUUAUCCUUGCAUCGCCAACAGGCUCGACCGCAUACCUGCUUUCGGCGGGAGGUUCCAUCACGCAUCCACUAGUGCCAUGCAUCCUCAUGACACCCGUCUGUCCACGGCUGUUGUCGUUCCGCCCUCUCGUGUUGCCGUCGACACUGCAUGUGAUGAUUAAGCUUUCGGAUUCCAACCGCAAUGGCCUGAUUAAAAUGAACAUUGACGGCAUACCGCAGCAGGACUUGAAACCUGGAGAUGAGAUUCACGUGGUCAAUGAAAACGGAACUAUAUUCAUCCCUGGCAAACACCAGCCACCAGGGCUGUUGCGUAAUAGAGAGGAAUUUGAUCAUUACGUGGAGCCGGGCCAUUUUUACUUCCAGACAGGCAAGGGAACAGAGGUGAAGAAGGGUCUUUUCUGUGUGGCCAACACUGAGAGCGAUUGGAUCAAGGGUAUCAAUCAGCUUUUGGGUUUCAACUCGUCUUUCCGCGGGCAAAAGAUGUAG